CCUGCGAGAAACUGCAAAUUAAAAACGAAGUCGUCAUCUUUUAUCGAACACAGUUUUCCAUUCUUCUUCUUACUCCAUUCACUAAUCAUCCUCACUCACUCUCUGUUGGCCCCCUUUUCACCAUUUUCCAACUCUUCUACUACUUUGAACCGAAAAGCUUCGUUCUACUAAUUACUAAUUGCUUAUUACUCUCCUACCCAAAAAGAAAAAAAAACCCAACUUUGCUUCCACCCAUUAUUAAUUCCUCUCUUGGCAUUCAUCUUACUUCAACUACGCAUCUCCUUUUUCUAUUUCACAAUCCGGGUUUGUUCGUUUCAUCUUUUUCACCAUUCAAAUGUUCAAUCUUCAGCAUACUUCAUUUGUAGCUAUUCUAAUAGUAUAUUUGAUGGUAUCUUAGAGCUGAAACUGCAUCAUCCAUGCACAUGAGUUAUUGUAAUUAUUAUUAUUGUAGUCUUAAUGAUGAUGGUGACCCUGAUUUGAAUUGCUGAAUUUUUUGUGUUAUCCGUUGCAUUUGAGCAUUUGAGCAUUUAGGCCCUUUUGCUUUUUUCCCCUUGUACUUGGUAAUGUUUCAAUAAAGUAGUUGUCUUUAUGAGGCUUUGAUGUUAUUUGGGUUAUUGGGGAUUUCUAAUGGAGUUUGAAUCUCUGAGUCUGGCCAAUGAGGUCAUUGAAUUUGAUAUGAUUGGUUUGGGGGAUGAUGGUGCCAUUGAUAUUGAACAUCAUGUUGAAGAUGAUGAUGACUAUAUCAGUGUUGACAAUGUUUUUGCUGCUACUGCCGCCACCAAUAUAGCUGCCACUGUUGGACCUCAAAUUCCUAUAGGGGACACAAAUCUUGAACCUUAUCAGGGCAUGGAAUUUGAAUCAGAAGAGGCUGCUAAGGCGUUUUAUAAUUCCUAUGCUCGCCGCAUUGGAUUUAGUACGAGGGUGAGUAUGUCCCGUCGCUCCAGACGUGAUGGUGCUAUAAUUCAGAGGUCUUUUGUGUGUGCCAAGGAAGGUUUUCGUAUGGAGAAGGAGAAGAAUUCUCUUGAUGGCAGAGUCAAACGACCUCGUGCUGAAACUCGUGUUGGUUGCAAGGCCAUGUUGGUUGUGAAAAUUCAAGUGUCUGGCAGAUGGGUUGUUUCUUCAUUUGUCAAGGAGCACAACCAUGAAUUGGUUCCACCUGAUAAGGUGCAUUGCCUUCGCUCUCACCGCCAUGUUUCGGGUCCAGCUAAAUCAUUGAUUGAUACCUUGCAGGGUGCUGGUAUAGGGCCUAGUGGAAUUAUGUCUGCACUUAUCAAAGAAUAUGGUGGAAUUAGCAACAUUGGGUUCACUGAGCGUGACUGUAGGAACUACAUGAGGAGCAGCCGGCAAAGGACCCUUGGUGGUGACACUCAAAUCCUCUUGGAUUACUUGAAGAGUAAACAAGCUAAGAAUCCUUUGUUUUUCUAUGCCGUACAAGGUGAUGAGGAUCGCUACAUGAGUAAUAUCUUCUGGGCUGAUCCUAAGGCCAGGACUAACUACACUUAUUUUGGUGACACUGUCACAUUUGACACAACAUAUAGGUCAAACCGCUAUAGAUUGCCUUUUGCACCUUUCACUGGAGUGAAUCAUCACGGACAGCCUGUAUUAUUUGGUUGUGCUCUCUUGAUAAAUGAAUCCGAAGCAUCGUUUGUCUGGCUCUUCAAAAUGUGGCUUGAAGCGAUGUCAGGGCAAUCUCCAGUCUCAAUCACUACUGAUCAUGAUCGGGUGAUUCGCGUAGCCAUUAACCGUGUCUUUCCUAAUACCCGUCAUCGGUUUUGCAAGUGGCACAUUUUUAAAGAGUGCCAAGAGAAGUUGUCUCAUGUGCUUUCUGAACAUGUUAAUUUUGAAGCUGACCUUCAUAAAUGUGUUAAUCUGCCAGAGUCCAUUGAUGAGUUUGAGUCUUGUUGGUCCUCCCUAAUAGAUAGUUAUAAUCUCAGAGAACAUGAAUGGCUCCAAGCAAUUUAUGGUGAUAGGCGGCAGUGGGUUCCCGUGUACUUGAGAGACACAUUUUUUGCAGAAAUGUCGAUAACACAGCGAAGUGAUAGCAUAAACUCUUACUUUGAUGGGUAUAUUAAUGCAUCAACAACACUUCAGCAUUUUGUUAAGCAGUAUGAGAAGGCCCUAGAAAGUCGUCUUGAGAAAGAAGUUAAAGCUGAUUAUGACACAAUAAACACCACUCCAGUUUUGAACACACCAUCACCUAUGGAGAAACAAGCAGCUGGGAUUUACACAAAGAGAUUGUUUAUCAAAUUUCAAGAAGAGUUGGUUGAGACAUUAACUUAUUUGGCAAACAAAGUAGGUGAAGAAGAAAUAACUUCUGUGUAUAGAGUAGCCAAAUAUGGGGAUAUUCAUAGGGCUUACUUUGUCAGAUUUAACUCUUUUGAGAUGAAGGUUACUUGUAGUUGCCAGAUGUUUGAGUUUUUGGGUCUGGUUUGUAGACAUAUACUGACUGUUUUUAGGGUGACAAAUAUUCUUACUUUACCUUCUCAUUAUAUUCUAAAAAGAUGGACCAGGAAUGCUAAAAGUGGAGUCAUCUUGGAUGAACACACCCCUGAUUUGCUAAAUGGUGCACGAGAAUCUCUAACUAUACGAUAUAAUAAUCUUCGUCAUGAGGCCCUCAAGUAUGUUGAUGACGGAAUAAGGUCUCCAAGAGUUUACGAUGUUGCUAUGAGUGCGCUACAGGAGGCUGCAAAUAAAGUGGCACGAGCGACUAAGAAUGAUGGAAGACUGGUCAUUUCAAAUGGAACUUAUAAAGAAGAUUUACGGUGGAACAAUGAAGCUACUACAAGUUACAGGGAUCCUCAAACCAGUUUGCAACAAUCUUCAUCCAAGGAUGACCAUGACAGAACAAUUGAGAAGUUGACAAGACAACUUGACCGAGCUCAAAGGAAGUGUGAAGUUUAUAGGUCAAACUUGCUGUCAAUUCUAAAAGACAUGGAAGAGCAGAAGCUAGAAUUAUCAGUAAAAGUCCAAAAUAUCAAGUUAGGGAUGAAAGAUUGAUAUCUGAUUGCCAUUGAUGGAGUUGAUGCUCUAGUUACUUUCCCUUGUGUAAGUAAACCCUCUCCCGAAUCAUUAUUGUCAAGUGUCUGUGUGAUGGAGUUGGGGACUCAGAAGCUACCAAGAAAGAAUGUCUAACCAGUUUUUGACAAGUGAUUAAUCUAGUUGAUAGUGUUACUAUCUACUCAACUAGUUGCUUUAAGAAUCAUACUACUUCUGGCAUAAGAAUAACCAGGUCUAGAAAAAUAAUAUUGACAAGUUUGGUGAAAGAUUUUGAAUUGUAUAGUAUGCAGACCGAACAUGCAAUGUAGCGCAAUUUGGUGGAUGAUUUAAGUACAAAAUAUGUAUAGGUAGGAGGACAAACAACUAUCGUAGAUGUUGGCAUUAGGUUGAAAUAUUGGAGCAGGGCUUGAACAGACUACAGAAAAAGGUUCUGAGAUAAGAUAAUUAGAUAAAUAAGUUCACUUUACAAUUCAGAUCUUUCAGAAAGAAUCAUGUAAUAUAUGUCCAGAAGUAAAUGAUUUAUUGUUUCAUGUCUAUUUUUCAAUUGAAAAGUAUCAAAUCAUAAUUUGAAUUGUA